GGCAGCUCAUAACGUUUACGCGCCAUUCGAAUUUUAGUGUUUGAUUUGUUUUUUACUCAAGCUUUGAAAAAAAAAAUUUUUCGAUCGAAACAAAAAUUUAAUCUUGUGAAAUUUUUUUUUUAUUGAUUUUCAAUUACCAAUUUAUUUGUACGAAUCAUCCAUCAAUCAUGUCGUCUAAUAAAGAUUUCUACUAUUCAGAACGUUAUUAUGAUGAUAAAUAUGAAUAUAGACAUGUUGUUCUGCCUAAAGAAUAUGCAAAAUUAAUUCCAAAAACACAUCUAAUGACUGAAGCUGAAUGGCGUGCAUUGGGCGUAACACAAAGUCAAGGUUGGAUACAUUAUAUGAUACAUGAUCCAGAACCACAUAUACUAUUAUUUCGUCGUCCAAUCACUGGUAAAACUACUGUACCAUCACAAGCAAAACAGAUUGAAGCGGAUAAGGCAGAAUUUCUUGCCAAUUGAUUGAUUUUUUAAAACGUUCAACUUCAAUCAAUCAAUUUUUCUCUUGCUUUUUUUGCCACAAGAAAAUUGUAUAUCAAAAA